CACUGUCUGGAAGGAAGAUGGCGUCGAGCGGCGGCUGCUCGGGCCCCGGCUGGGAAGUGGCGGUACGCCCGCUCCUCUCAGCCUCCUACUCGGCUUUUGACAUGAAGGAGCUUCCGCAACUGUUGGCAUCGGUGAUAGAGAGCGAAUCCGAAAUCCUUCACCACGACAAACAGUAUGAACCUUUCUACUCGUCAUUCGUGGCGCUGUCCACCCAUUACAUCACAACUGUCUGCAGCCAGAUUCCCAGGAACCAGUUGCAGUCUGUAGCUGCUGCUUGCAAAGUCUUGCUUGAAUUUUCCUUACUUCGGCUGGAGAGUCCCGAUGAGGCGUGCGCAGUGUCUCAGAAGCACCUAAUUCUACUGAUCAAGGGUCUGUGCAUCGGCACCAGCCGCCUGGAUCGGACCGAGAUAAUCACUUUUACUGCAAUGAUGAAAUCCUCUAAAUUGCCACAGACUGUACAGACUCUCUCUGAUGUGGAGGAUCAGAAAGACACAGCCGUACUGCUGAGUCCUGAGCUGCGCCAGAAAGAAGUGAGAAUGAACUUUCUUAACCAAUUGACGUCGGUGUUUAACCCCAGAGGCUCUGCAUCGUCGUCCUCACACACACAGGUGGAAGCUGAGGUGGACGACACAUCGGAUCUGGCAUCUGCAGCAAAGACCAAGAGCAUCUUCAUAGCCCAGAAUGUGGGCAGCCUUCAGGAACUGGGUGGAUCAGAGAAGCUGCUAAGAGUCUGCUUGAAUCUGCCCUACUUUUUGAGAUAUAUUAACCGCUACCAAGACGCUGUGUCCGCCAAUUCCUUCUUCAUCAUGCCAGCGACGGUUGGAGAUGCCACAGCUGUUCGCAAUGGAUUUCACUCACUUGUGAUUGAUGUGACCAUGGCACUAGACACACUCUCUCUGCCUGUCAUGGAGCCUUUGACCCCUCCUCGACUUAAAGAUGUCACAUUGCUGGCCCUGAGCUGCUUGUAUGCAGGUGUCAGCGUGGCCACAUGCAUGGCAAUUCUUCAUGUUGGGAGUACCCAGCAGGUGCGGACUGGAUCUACAAGCUGCAAAGAGGAAGAUUAUGAAAACGAUGCUGCCGCCAUUGUGCAGAAAUGUCUGGAAAUCUAUGAGAUGAUCGGACAAGCGAUAAACAGUUCCAGAAGAGCAGGUGGAGAGAAUUAUCAGAAUUUCCAGCUACUGGGAGCCUGGUGUUUGGUGAACAGUCUGUACCUGAUCCUCAACCUGAGCCCCACAGCCCUGGCAGAUAAAGGGAAAGAGAAAGAUCCGCUGGCAGCGCUCAGGGUCAAGGACAUUGCCCGGUCAAAGGAAGGUGUGGGCUCCCCAAAACUGGGCCCUGGUAAAGGACACCAAGGUUUCGGAGUCCUGUCAGUUGUGCUAGCAAACCAUGCUAUCAAGCUGCUCACUUCUCUCUUCCAAGAUCUUCAAGUGGAGACUUUGCACAAGCAAGCCUGGGAUACAGAUGGGCCCCUGGCCGAGUUGAGCAUCACAGCGCAGAGCACAUCCAUCCAGAGAAUACAGAGACUCAUCGAUUCCAUUCCUCUGACAAAUCUGCUCUUUACUGUUCUGUCCACGUCCUACCGCAAGGCCUGUGUCUUGCAACGACAGAGGAAAGGAUCUAUGAGUAGUGAUGCCAGUGCGUCCACAGAUUCCAACACUUACUAUGAAGAUGACUUCAGCAGCACAGAGGAAGACAGCAGCCAAGAUGAUGACAGUGAACCUAUCCUUGGACAAUGGUUUGAAGAGACAAUCUCUCCAAGUAAAGAGAAGGUGCCGCCACCACCUCCACCACCACCGCCUCUCGAGAGCUCUCCCAGAGCUAAAAGUCCAAGCAAACAGAACCCUGCAGGAAAUGGCAAUAUCCUGGCCAGUCGCAAGGAUCCAGAACUGUUCCUCAGCCUCGCCUCCAAUACUCUGAACUUUAUCACCAGCUGCAUGUUGAAUUCCCGCAGUAAUUUCAUCCGCAAUUACCUGAGUGUGUCACUGACCGAGCAGCAUAUGUCCACCCUGGCCUGUAUCAUCAAAGAUGUGGACAAGGAUGGACUAAAAGGGUCAUCCGAUGAGGAUUUUGCUGUUGCUUUGUAUCAGUUUAAUCAUUGUUUGGUGACAUCUGAUCUUCAGUCUCCCAUGCUACAGAAUGCUCUUCUACAGCACCUGGGAAUAGCCCCGCUAAGUGAGGGCCCUUGGCCUCUGUACAUUCAUCCUCAGAGUCUUUCUGUACUGUCACGUCUCCUGCUGCUGUGGCAGCACAAGGCUAGCAUUCAAGGAGAGCCAGACGUACCCGAAUGUCUCCGUGUGUGGGACAGGUUUGUUGGGACCCUGAAGCAGAAUGCCCUCCAGGGAGUAGUUCCAGGAGACACAGAUGAUGUCAAUGUGGAUCAUCUUCAACUGCUGCUUCUAAUUUUUCACAAUUUAUCAGAGAGGGGGCGCCAGAGUAUUCUAUUGCUCUGCAUACAGACACUGCAGGACUUGGCUAGUAACCUGGAACCCCAGCUUCCAGCUGUCCCCCUCCUCCUCGCAAGGUUACUCCUUGUGUUUGACUACCUCUUGCACCAGUACUCCAAGCCACCACUCUACCUCUUUGAGCAGGUGCAGUACAAUCUGCUUACACCUCCUCUUACCUCUGGGGUGUCUCAUGAUGGAAGUGGUCGCACUUCAGCUUUAUAUUAUGGAUUCAAAGAGGUGGAAGAAAAUUGGACAAAACACUGCACAACAGAUGGUGCUCCGCAGCCCCGAUUCUACAGUGUCCUCUCCCAGGAGGCCUCUGAAGAUGACUUGCAUCGUCUUGAUGCUGAUGUGUGUGAAGUCCUCUUCUCUCGAGCACUGAAGUAUGACGACUUAUACACUGCCCUCAUUUCUUUACUGGCAGCUGGAUCCCAGCUCGACACAGUCCGGAGGAAUGAGAACAAAAGCAUCACAGCCCUGGAGGCUUGUUCCCUUCAGUAUCACUUCCUUAUACUGUGGAGGAUUCUGGGAAUUUUACCACCCUCCAAGCACUACAUGAAGCAGCUGUCACAGAAUGUGUCUGGACGUAGUGAAUGUGAGAUUCUUCACACCUUGCGUUGGGCAUCUCGACUCCGAGUCCCAUCAUACCAGCUCUGGAUAAAGGAUCAUCUUAUGAAUCAAGGGAUAAAACCAGAUCAAGCGGUAUCAUUGACAGAGCAAACUUCAGCCAAAUGCAACACUAUUAAAUAUGAUGUAGAAGUGGCUGAAGAGUACAUCGCCCGGCAGAUCUCGACUUUUUGCAGCUCUAAUGGAUAUACCUUUGAACAGCUCCGUAAAGGGCCUAAUCUGCAGUGCAUUUACACAUUAGAUGCAAUGAUCUGCAAGGUGCAGGUGUCUCUGGAUGAACAUUUCUCUAAGCUGUCGGCGGAGACUGACCCUCAAAAGUCCUCACAAGUUGCUAAAAACCUCCUGCCAGCUGCCUUACAGCUCCUAGACAUGUAUGCCUCUCUUACCCGCUGUUACUUGCUCCGAAGCCUACCUGAGGAAGGUAUAGAGGAGAAGAAGCUGCAGGGCUACGCAGCAGUGCUUGCAAUUGGUUCUUCCCGUUGCAAAGCGAACACCCUAGGUCCUGUCUUGAUCCAGAAUCUCCCUACUGCUGUGCAGACCUUGUGUGAGUCAUGGAACAACAUUCACACCAAUGAAUUCCCCAGUAUUGGUUCAUGGCGCAAUGCCUUUGCCAAUGAUACUAUUCCUUCCGAAAGCUACAUUGGAGCUGUUCAGGCUGCCCACCUCGGCACUUUGUGUAGCCCCAGUUUGUCUCUCGCAGCUUCCCUCAAGCAUGUUCUUCUGUCCCUGGUGCGACUGACAGGAGACCUCAUAGUAUGGUGCCCAGAAAAUCUGAAUUCUCACCAGUUAAUCCAGUCGCUGCUUCCUCUUCUUCUGGAGAGCAGCACUGAGAGUGUGGCUGAACUAUGCAGUACAUCGCUGGAGAGAGUGCUUGGGCCGGCAGAGUCGGAUGAGUUCUUGUCUCAGAUGUAUGAGAAGCUGAUCACUGGCUGUUACAAUAUCCUUGCUUACCAUUCUGACCCAAGCUGUGGUCUGGAUGAGUCCAUCCUUGAGGAAUGUCUGCAGUUUCUAGAGAAACAACUUGAGAGUAGCUUGGCUCGAAAAGCGAUGGAGGAGUUCUUUACUGAGAGAGGAGAGCUAGUGCAGAUAAUGAUGGCAACUGCAAACGAGGCUCUCUCCGCCAAGUUCUGUAACAGAGUCCUAAAGUUGUUCACAAAACUUUUCCAGCUCGCUGAGAAAAAUCCAAGUCCCAGUCUCUUGCAUCUCUGUGGCACACUGGCACAGCUUGCCUGUGUGGAGCCGACACAGCUACAGUCUUGGCUGGUCCGUAUGACAACUCCACCUCCCAAAGAUUCCGACCAGACUGAAAUUGUCCAGGAAAACCGACAGCUACUCCAGCUACUUACUGCAUAUAUUGUACGAGAGAACAGCCAAGUUGGGGAAGGUGUGUGUACGGUGCUUCUAAGCACUCUUAUCCCAAUGGCCACAGAGCUUUUGGCUAAUGGGGAUGGGUCUGGCUUUCCAGAACUCAUGGUGGUAAUGGCCACUUUAGCAAGCUCAGGACAGGGUGCUGGACAUUUACAGCUGCACUGUGCAGCAAUGGAUUGGCUGGCAAGAUGCAAGAAAUAUCUGUCCCAGAAAAAUGUUGUGGAAAAACUGAACAACAAUGUGAUGCAAGGAAAGCAUGUUACUAUUCUGGAGUGCACAUGUCAUAUAGUGUCAUACUUAGCGGAUGUUACUAAUGCAUUGAGUCACGGCGCUGGGCAAGGUCACUACCACCUACCUGUGGAUGGAGAAGAGCGAGCAAUCGAGGUAGACUCCGACUGGGUGGAAGAGCUGGCUGUCGAAGAGGAUGAUUCUCAGGCUGAAGAUUCUGAUGAAGAUUCGCUUUGUAACAAGCUCUGUACAUUCACAAUCACUCAGAAAGAAUUCAUGAAUCAGCACUGGUAUCACUGUCACACCUGUAAGAUGGUGGAUGGGGUCGGUGUAUGCACAGUCUGUGCCAAGGUCUGCCAUAAGGACCAUGAAAUUUCUUACGCAAAGUAUGGCUCUUUUUUCUGUGAUUGUGGAGCUAAGGAAGAUGGCAGCUGUAUGGCCUUGGUUAAAAGAACCCCAAGCAGUGGCAUAGGAUCCACUAUGAAAGAAUCGGCCUUCCAGAGUGAACCUCGUCUGCCAGAAAGUGCUAUCAGACACCCUGGCUCUUCCCUCACAGACAAGGGGAAAGUGACAAUCAGUGACGGAAAAGGGGACGAUGAGAAACCAAAAAGGAGCAGCUUGUGCCGUAACAUUGAGGGCUGCCGAGAAGAGCUGGUGUGUCAGGCCAAUGUUUCGUUUGCACCAUUGAUUCUGGAUAUGUUAAACUUCUUAAUGAGCUCCAUACGGAAUAACUUCCAGCAGGCCUCUGCGGUGGGGAGCAGUAGUCGAGCUCAGCAGGCCCUGGACCAGCUGCACACUCUGGAGAAAAGUGUGGAAAUGACCGACCAGCUCAUGGUCCCUACUUUGGGCUCGCAGGAAGGAGCAUUUGAGAAUGUGAGAAUGAAUUAUAGCGGCGAUCAGGGCCAAACCAUCCGACAGCUGAUCAGCGCUCACGUGUUGCGUAGAGUUGCCAUGUGCGUGCUAUCCUCUCCUCACGGCAGGAGGCAACAUUUGGCCGUCAGCCAUGAAAAGGGAAAGAUCACAGUGUUACAACUCUCAGCCCUACUGAAACAGGCAGAUUCCAGCAAGAGGAAGCUCACCUUGACACGUCUGGCCUCCGCACCAGUCCCAUUCACUGUUCUCAGCCUCACUGGAAACCCAUGCAAAGAGGAUUAUCUGGCUGUGUGUGGACUGAAGGACUGUCAUGUCUUGACAUUCAGCGGCUCAGGAUCGGUUUCUGAUCACUUAGUCCUUCAUCCCCAACUCGCCACCGGCAACUUCAUCAUCAAAGCGGUCUGGCUACCCGGCUCCCAGACUGAGCUGGCCAUUGUUACUGCUGAUUUUGUCAAGGUUUAUGAUCUGUCAACAGAUGCCCUCAGCCCCACCUUCUACUUCUUACUGCCCAGCUCGAAGAUUAGAGAUGUCACAUUCCUGUUUAAUGAAGAAGGGAAGAACAUUAUAGUGAUCAUGUCAUCUGCCGGCUACGUGUACACUCAGCUGAUGGAGGAGUCCAGUAGUGCUAUGCAUGGUCCGUUUUAUGUUACCAAUGUUCUGGAAGUCUCUCAUGAAGACUUAAAGGACAGUAAUGGGCAGGUCGCAGGCGGAGGUGUAUCUGUUUAUUACUCGCACGUGCUCCAGAUGCUUUUCUUCAGUUAUUGCCAAGGCAAAUCCUUUGCUGCCACCAUUAACCGAUCUUUACUAGAGAUAAUCCUGCUUUUCCCUAUCAACAUUAAGAGUUCCAACGGAGGAAGCAAGACCUCGCCAGCACUCUGUCAGUGGUCUGAAGUCAUGAACCAUCCCGGAUUAGUAUGCUGUGUCCAGCAGACUACAGGAGUUCCUCUAGUGGUCAUGAUCAAACCAGACAGCUUCCUCAUCCAGGAGAUUAAGACGCUGCCAGCAAAAGCGAAAAUUCAGGAUAUGGUAGCUAUACGGCACACAGCUAGCAAUGAUCAGCAGAGGACAACCAUGAUUCUUCUGUGUGAAGACGGGAGCCUGCGUAUUUACAUGGCCAAUGUGGAGAACACGUCAUACUGGCUCCAGCCAUCUUUGCAGCCCAGCAGCAGUAUCAGCAUCAUGAAACCUGUUCGCAAGCGCAAGCCUGCAGCUGUCAUGACACGGGCAUCAAGUCAAGUGACCUUUCCCAUUGAUUUCUUCGAGCACAACCAGCAGCUUACAGACGUAGAAUUUGGCGGCAAUGACCUGCUGCAAUUGUAUAAUGCCCAGCAAAUCAAGCAUCGCCUUAAUUCUACAGGGAUGUACGUGGCAAACACUAAGCCUGGGGGAUUUACUGUGGAAGUCACCAAUAACAACAGCACUAUGGUGAUGACAGGAAUGCGGCUUCAGAUUGGCACGCAGGCCAUUGAGAGAGCACCUUCUUACAUUGAGAUGUUUGGUCGCACAAUGCAGCUUAAUCUCAGCCGAUCACGAUGGUUUGACUUUCCGUUUACACGAGAAGAAGCGUUACAAGCUGAUAAGAAGCUCACCAUAUUCAUUGGUGCCUCUGUAGAUCCAGCUGGAGUCACUAUGAUAGACGCCAUAAAAAUAUAUGGAAAGACAAAGGAACAGUUUGGCUGGCCGGAUGAACCCCCAGAAGAGUUCCCCUCUGCCUCUGUGAGCAGCGUCUGCCCGCCAAACCUGAAUCAAGGCAAUGGAUCCACAGAUGGCGAGACUGCAACACCACCCUCAAGUAAUGGCACGGCCAUUGAAAGGCUGGUGGGAAGCUCUCUCGAAGCUCUGGAAAGCUGUUUUGCUUUUGGACCAGUGCCUGAGAAGGAGAAAAGCAAAGCUUCAGCUCUGGAACUGGCAACAGUCCUGCUCUCCAUGCCAACACCAUCGAGCGUCCAGCUCCAGACAAAGAGUCUCCUGGCCAGUCUGCACACAAGCCGGUCUGCAUACCAUAACCACAAGGAUCAAGCACUGCUGAGCAAUGCCGUACAAAGUUUGAAUUCUUGCGCUCCUGAUGGAAAGGACUUGGAUCCAGAAGUAUUCCAGAGACUGGUGAUUACCGCCCGGUCCAUCGCCAUCAUGCGGCCCAACAACCUUGUUCACUACACAGACUCUAAAUUGCUGUCAGGAGAGACAGAUAUUGAUGAAGGCAAAGACGUUGUGAAGACCGGUGAAGGAGAAGAAGUGUACGCCUUCAUUACACAGCUCGUCAACCAGUUUUGGAAACUACAUGCAUCUAAACCCAAGAAUGCUUUUCUGGCUCCUGCUUGUCUGCCCGGUCUUACCCACGUGGAAGCAACAGUCAAUGCCCUGGUGGACAUCAUACAUGGAUACUGCACGUGUGAACUGGACUGCAUUAACCUAGCAUCUAAAAUCUACAUGCAAAUGUUGCUGUGUCCGGAUCCAGCUGUUAGCUUCUCCUGCAAACAGGCUUUAAUUCGGGUCCUCCGUCCGCGCAAUAAACGCCGUCAUGUGACUCUUCCAUCUUCUCCACGUAGCAAUACACCCAUAGGAGACAAGGACGACGACGACGAUGAUGACGCAGAAGAUAAGAUCCAGACUUCUGGAAUACCAAAUGGAGAACACGUCCGACAGCAAAGUCAAGUGCAGAAUGAGGUUGACCAUGGAGACUUUGAGAUGGUGUCCGAGUCCAUGGUCCUGGAAAGUGCAGACAGCGUCAACAAUGGUAACCCAUCGCCAUUAGAGGCUCUCCUAGCUGGAGCUGAGGGCUUCCCACCAAUGCUGGACAUUCCACCAGAUGCUGAUGAUGAAACCAUGGUGGAGUUAGCCAUCGCUCUUAGUCUUCAGCAAGAUCAGCAGGGAAGCAGCAGCAGUGCUCUGGGCCUCCAGAGUUUGGGAUUGUCUGGACAAGCACCAAGCUCAUCAUCUUUGGAUGCUGGAACUCUGUCAGACACCACUGCAUCAGCUCCAGCAUCGGAUGAUGAAGGCAGCACGGCCGCAACCGAUGGUUCCACCCUGCGCACCUCCCCAGCCGACCACGCAGGUAGCGUGGGCUCAGAGAGUGGAGGCAGUGCCGUGGAUUCGGUGGCUGGUGAGCAUAGUGUAUCAGGUCGGAGCAGUGCAUAUGGGGACACGACAGUUGAGGGUCACCCUGCAGGACCUGGGAGUAUAAGUUCUAGCACAGGAGCGAUCAGCACCGCCACAGGACAGCAUGAAGGUGAAUGUUCGGAAGGAGAAGGGGAGACAGAAGGCGAUGCACAUACUAGCAACAGACUUCAUAUGGUGCGUCUCAUGCUUCUGGAGCGCCUCCUCCAGUCUAUGCCUAGUCUCCAUACUGUAGGAGGAGUCCGGGCCAUUCCGUACAUGCAGGUGGUAUUGAUGCUGACUGCUGAUCUAGAUGGAGAGGAUGAGAAGGACAAAGGAGCCUUAGAUAACCUCCUGUCCCAGCUGAUUGCAGAAUUAGGUUUAGAUAAAAAGGAUGUAUCUAAGAAGAACGAGCGUACCCCCCUAAAUGAGGUCCAUCUCGUGGUCAUGAGGCUUUUGAGUGUAUUCAUGUCAAGGACGAAGUCCGGUUCAAAAUCAUCCAUCUGUGAGUCAUCCUCUCUGAUUUCUAGUGCAACAGCAACCGCUCUUCUAAGUUCUGGAGCCGUUGAUUACUGUCUCCAUGUCCUGAAGUCUCUCCUGGACUACUGGAAAAGCCAGCAGAGUGAUGAGGAGCCUGUGGCUGCCAGUCAGCUGCUAAAACCUCACACAACUGCGUCUCCACCAGAUAUGAGCCCCUUCUUCCUGCGCCAGUAUGUCAAGGGUCAUGCUUCAGAUGUCUUCCAGGCCUACACUCAGCUGCUGACAGAAAUGGUUCUCCGACUACCUUACCAGAUUAAGAAAAUUGCUGACACCAAUUCUCGAAUCCCACCACCCGUGUUUGAUCAUUCUUGGUUCUACUUCCUUUCUGAGUAUCUGAUGAUUCAGCAGACACCAUUUGUGCGCCGCCAAGUGCGGAAACUUCUUCUGUUCAUCUGUGGCUCUAAGGAAAAAUACAGACAGCUCAGAGACCUUCACACACUUGAUUCCCACGUCCGAGGCAUCAAGAAGUUGCUGGAGGAGCACGGGAUUUUCUUGCGUGCAAGUGUGGUGACGGCUAGCUCUGGAUCUGCCCUGCAGUAUGACACUCUGAUCAAUCUGAUGGAGCACCUGAAAGCCUGUGCUGAGAUUGCAUCCCAGCGAACUGUGAACUGGCAGAAAUUCUGCAUCAAAGAUGACUCGGUCCUGUACUUCCUGCUUCAGGUCAGCUUUCUGGUGGAUGAAGGAGUGUCUCCAGUGCUUCUCCAGCUCCUGUCUUGUGCUCUAUGUGGCAGUAAAGUCCUUUCCACAUCUUCUGGAUCUUCUGUUCCGUCAUCAAGCUCUGGGCAGCCAGGAUCUCAGAGUAAGUCUUCUACCAAGAAGAGUAAGAAGGAAGACAAAGAGAAGGACAAGGAAGGCGAGGGGUCCAGUUCUCAAGAGGAGCAGCUCUGCACUGCACUUGUCAACCAGCUGAAUAAAUUUGCAGACAAAGAGACUCUGAUCCAGUUCCUGCGCUGCUUCCUUCUGGAGUCCAAUGCCUCUUCAGUCCGCUGGCAGGCUCAUUGCUUGGCACUGCACAUCUACAGGAAUUCUAACAAGGCCCAGCAGGAGCUUCUCCUGGACCUCAUGUGGUCAAUUUGGCCGGAGCUCCCAGCCUAUGGACGCAAAGCUGCUCAGUUCGUUGAUCUCCUUGGAUACUUCUCUCUCAAGACUCCUCAGACAGAAAAGAAAUUUAAAGAAUAUUCACAAAAAGCUGUGGAGAUUCUGCGAACUCAAAACCACAUCCUGACCAAUCAUCCUAACUCCAACAUCUACAACACGCUUUCUGGUUUGGUGGAGUUUGAUGGAUACUAUCUUGAAAGCGACCCAUGUCUAGUCUGCAACAACCCUGAAGUCCCAUUGUGUAACAUCAAGCUUUCUUCCAUUAAAGUCGACACACGCUACACUACUACACAGCAAGUGGUCAAACUUAUAGGCAGCCACACCAUCAGCAAAGUGACCGUGAAGAUUGGAGACCUAAAACGGACCAAAAUGGUCCGAACCAUUAAUCUGUACUACAACAAUCGCACCGUGCAAGCCAUUGUGGAGCUGAAGAACAAACCAGCACGCUGGCACAAAGCCAAAAAGGUGCAGCUGACCCCAGGACAGACGGAGGUGAAGAUUGACCUCCCACUUCCAAUCGUUGCUUCAAACUUAAUGAUUGAAUUUGCUGACUUCUAUGAAAACUACCAGGCUUCUUCCGAAACUCUCCAGUGUCCUCGUUGUAGUGCCUCUGUACCAGCCAACCCCGGCGUAUGCGGGAACUGUGGAGAAAAUGUGUACCAGUGUCACAAGUGCAGAUCUAUUAACUAUGAUGAAAAGGACCCAUUCCUGUGCAAUGCUUGUGGAUUUUGCAAGUAUGCUCGGUUUGAUUUCAUGCUGUAUGCAAGACCUUGCUGUGCUGUGGAUCCUAUUGAGAAUGAAGAGGAUCGUAAGAAGGCCGUCACCAACAUUAACACUCUGCUGGACAAAGCGGACAGAGUCUAUCACCAGCUCAUGGGUCACCGACCACAGCUCGAAAACCUUCUAUGGAAAGUUAAUGAAGCCGCACCUGAGAAACCACAGGAUGAUUCUGCCAAUGCUGGAGGUAUAAGCUCAACCUCCGCCAGCGUGAAUCGGUAUAUCUUGCAGCUGGCUCAGGAAUACUGUGGGGACUGCAAGAACUCUUUUGAUGAACUUUCUAAGAUCAUUCAGAAAGUGUUUGCCUCCCGGAAGGAGCUUUUGGAGUAUGAUCUACAGCAGAGAGAAGCCGCCACAAGGUCCUCCCGCACCACUGUGCCGCCCACCUUCACUGCUAGUCAGUACAGAGCCUUAUCGGUGCUCGGAUGCGGCCAUACAUCCUCCACGAAGUGCUACGGCUGCGCGUCUGCUGUGACAGAGCACUGUAUCACUCUGCUACGUGCUCUGGCUACUAACAGCACCAUACGCCACAUCCUGGUAUCUCAAGGACUUAUACGAGAACUGUUUGAUUACAAUCUGCGGCGUGGCCCUGCAUCCAUGCGUGAUGAGGUGCGACAGGUCAUGUGCCUUCUAACCAGGGACAAUCCAGAAGCCACUCAGCAAAUGAAUGACUUAAUUAUUGGGAAAGUGUCAACAGCCCUUAAAGGACACUGGGCAAAUCCAGAUUUGGCCAGUAGUCUGCAGUAUGAGAUGCUGCUGCUUACCGAUUCUAUAUCCAAGGAGGACAACUGCUGGGAGCUUCGUCUGCGCUGCGCGCUCAGUCUCUUCCUGAUGGCUGUCAACAUCAAGACCCCUGUCGUGGUGGAGAACAUUACGUUAAUGUGCCUGAGAAUCCUGCAGAAGCUCAUUAAACCUCCCACACCCACCAGCAAGAAGAAUAAGGAUGUUCCAAUGGAGGCAUUAACUACAGUAAAGCCUUACUGCAAUGAAAUACAUGCACAGGCCCAGCUCUGGCUUAAGAGGGAUCACAAAGCAUCAUAUGAAGCCUGGAAGAAAUGUCUGCCGGCCCGAGGAAUAGACAGCAGUGGAAACACACCAAGCAAAGCUGAGCUCAGACAGAUGUACCUGCAAGAGAAGUACGUGUGGAAGUGGAAACAAUUCAUGAGCAAGAAAGGCAAAAGGACAACCCCUCUCGAUCUCAAACUGGGACACAACAAUUGGCUAAGACAGGUGUUAUUCACCCCGGCCACACAAGCCGCUCGUCAGGCAGCGUGCACCAUUGUUGAGGCAUUGGCAACCUUUCCCAGCCGCAGACAGCAGGUCCUGGAUCUUCUCACCAGCUAUUUGGAUGAACUAAGUGUCGCUGGGGAAUGUGCAGCUGAAUAUCUAGCCUUGUAUCAGAAACUUAUCAAGCCCGCUCACUGGAAGAUCUAUUUGGCAGCGCGCGGCGUGCUACCAUAUGUUGGAAAUCUCAUCACUAAGGAAAUCGCACGUCUGCUGGCGUUAGAAGAGGCGACUCUUAGUACAGAUCUACAGCAGGGAUAUGCUCUGAAGAGUCUCACAGGUCUCCUCUCUGAAUUUGUGGAGGUGGAAUCCAUCAAGCGUCACUUCAAGAGCCGCCUGGUUGGCACGGUGCUUAAUGGAUACCUCUGUCUUCGAAAGCUGGUGGUGCAGAGAACCAAACUGAUUGAUGAGACCCAGGACAUGCUACUGGAGAUGCUGGAGGACAUGACUACUGGUACCGAGUCAGAAACCAAGGCUUUCAUGGCGGUUUGCAUUGAGACAGCCAAGCGGUAUAGCCUGGAUGAUUACAGAACGCCAGUCUUUAUAUUUGAGAGGCUCUGCAGCAUCAUAUACCCCGAGGAGAAUGAAGUGACAGAGUUUUUUGUAACUCUGGAGAAAGACCCCCAGCAAGAAGACUUCCUCCAGGGCCGAAUGCCAGGGAACCCAUACAGCAGCAACGAGCCAGGAAUUGGGCCUCUAAUGAGAGACAUCAAGAAUAAGAUCUGCCAGGAUUGUGACCUUGUGGCCCUGCUAGAGGACGACAGUGGGAUGGAGCUUCUGGUGAAUAAUAAGAUCAUCAGCCUAGACCUGCCGGUGGCCGAGGUGUACAAGAAGGUCUGGUGCCCGACUAAUGAGGGUGAACCGAUGAGAAUAAUUUACAGAAUGAGGGGUCUUCUAGGGGAUGCAACAGAAGAAUUCAUUGAGUCUUUAGACUCAACGACAGAUGAGGAAGAAGAUGAGGAGGAAGUGUACAAGAUGGCGGGAGUAAUGGCUCAAUGUGGCGGGCUCGAGUGUAUGUUGAACCGUCUGGCUGGUAUCAAGGACUUCAAGCAGGGUCGUCAUCUUCUUACAGUCCUUCUAAAACUUUUCAGCUACUGUGUCAAGGUGAAGGUGAAUCGUCAGCAGCUGGUGAAACCUGAAAUGAACACACUGAACGUAAUGCUGGGCACCCUGAACUUGGCCCUGGUGGCGGAGCAGGAGAGCAAAGAUAGCGGCGGGGCCGCUGUGGCCGAACAAGUGCUGAGUAUAAUGGAAAUCAUACUGGACGAGUCCAAUGCUGAGCCGCUGAGCGAGGACAAGGGUAACCUAUUGCUCACCGGCGAUAAGGAUCAAUUGGUAAUGUUGCUUGAUCAGAUCAAUAGUACUUUUGUACGAUCGAAUCCCAGCGUGCUGCAGGGUUUGCUGCGCAUCAUCCCAUACCUGUCAUUUGGAGAAAUGGAAAAAAUGCAGAUUCUUGUGGAUCGCUUCAAGCCGUACUGCACGUUUGAGAAGUAUGAUGAUGAGCAUUGCACGGAUGACAAGGUGUUCCUGGACUGUUUCUGUAAAAUCACCGCCGGCAUUAAGAAUAACAGCAAUGGCCACCAGCUAAAAGAUCUCAUACUCCAGAAGGGGAUCACACAGAAUGCCCUGGACUACAUGAAGAAGCACAUCCCCAGUGCAAAGAACCUGGAUGCCGAUAUCUGGAAGAAAUUCCUCUCCCGACCCGCCCUCCCCUUUAUUUUGCGGUUACUCAGAGGAUUGGCCACACAGCACCUCCCCACCCAGGCCCUUAUAGGUACAGAUUCCAUCACAAACCUUCACAAGUUAGAGCAAGUGUCCAGCGAUGAGGGAAUCGGGACGCUUGCAGAAAACCUAUUGGAAGCCCUUCGAGAGCACCCUGACGUCAAUAAGAAGAUUGACGCCGCAAGGAAGGAGACUCGAGCCGAGAAGAAGCGUAUGGCCAUGGCGAUGAGGCAGAAGGCGCUGGGUACUCUGGGCAUGACUACUAAUGAGAAGGGUCAGGUGGUAACGAAGACGGCUCUUCUGAAGCAGAUGGAAGAGCUGAUAGAGGAGCCGGGGCUCACCUGCUGUAUCUGCAGAGAAGGCUACAAGUUCCAGCCCACUAAAGUGCUUGGCAUCUACACUUUUACUAAGAGAGUGUCACUGGAGGAAGCAGAGAACAAACCCCGCAAGCAGCAGGGAUACAGCACCGUCUCUCACUUCAACAUUGUACACUAUGACUGUCACCUGGCAGCCGUGAGGUUAGCUCGUGGCCGGGAGGAAUGGGAGAGCGCUGCUCUGCAGAACGCCAACACCAAGUGUAACGGCCUGCUUCCUGUCUGGGGCCCCGUAGUUCCAGAGUCAGCGUUUGCCACGUGUUUGGCCAGGCACAAUACUUACCUCCAGGAGUGUACGGGUCAGCGGGAGCCCACCUACCAACUCAACAUCCAUGAUCUGAAGCUGCUCUUCCUGAGAUUCGCCAACGAACAGUCGUUCAGCGCAGAUACCGGGGGAGGGGGAAGGGAAAGCAACAUUCAUCUCAUCCCCUAUAUCAUACACACCGUGCUUUAUGUCCUGAACACAACCCGAGCUAUAUCCCGUGAGGAGAAAAAUGUUCAGAACUUCCUAGAACAGCCCAAAGAGAAGUGGGUCGAAAGUGCCUUCGAGGUGGACGGGCCCUAUUACUCCACGGUCCUCGCACUACAUCUCCUUCCUACGGAGAAGUGGAAAACCAUCCGCAUAGAAGUGCUGCGCAGGCUGCUGGUCGUCAGCCACGUACGGGCGGUGGCACCCAGUGGCACAAACAGACUGACAGACAAAGCCAUCAAGGACUAUCCUGUGUAUCGCUCCAGCCUCCUCUUCUGGGCCCUGGUUGACCACAUCUACGACAUGUUUAAGAAGGUACCAAACAGUAACACGGAGGGAGGCUGGUCCUACUCCCUGGCAGAUUACAUCCGACUUAAUGACAUGCCCAUCUACGAGGCGGCAGACAGAGCCCUGAAGACCUUCCAGGACGAGUUCAUGCCUGUAGAGUCCUUCUCCGAAUUCAUGGAUGUCGCUGGGCUUUUAUCCGAAAUCAACGACCCUGACAGCUUCCUCAAGGAUCUUUUGAACUCUAUUCCCUGAGAAUCUCCACAUUCCUCUCCUGGCCAUUGCAGUAGUGUUUUUUUUUUUCCCCCCAAUCUUGUAUUUUUGGUGUAUAUGGCGGGGGAGGGGAGUGAAGCGCGUUCCCCGUCAUUAUCAGCUGACAUCACACGUUCUCUCCGGUUCACAUAUAUUCUUUUAUAUCUUGAGUUUUAGAAUCCGUCAUGUCCUCUGGUCAGAAUUGGCUGCCGCUAUUUUGUGUGGGUUGUUUUUUUUGUGUUUUUAUUUUUAUUUUUUUUGCUUUUUUUUGUGGGGGGGUGGGCGUUUUGGUGUGUUUGUGAAUUUCAGAUUUGGAUGUAGUUGUAAGGCCAAAGUGAAGGGAGGAUUCAAGGCAUAACUGCUGACGAGAAUCCCAGGAGGAGCUGAACCUUCCCUUCACUGCAUGAAAUAUUCAGCCCACCAAAGAAUUAAUUGCAUGCAAAAAGCCCAGCGUCUUGUGACACCCAUGGGUAAGGGUGACCCUCUGAAGACUCCUCCAUGGUUGACAGAGACCCCAAUCAUUUCCACAUGUGACUUUGACAAUCUGUAUCAUGGCACGCUGCACCCGGUGUAGACAUUAAUGUGCUUCAGCGGCUAUUCAGCGCCUCCAUGCUUGAGUGUCCCCAUCGGGGCAGUCGGCCCGCUUGCCAGUUGAGCCUCCACAGCGGCCAUCAAUUAACAUACGUAACUACCUAGCUGUUGUCUGCUUCAUACAAUAAAUCUCAUCAAAAAGCU